GGGAGGAAGGAAGAGCAAGAGAAGAAGCAAAAGAUACAGAAGAAGAAGCAAAAGAAGAAGAAGAAGCAAAAGAAGAAGAAGCAAAAAAAGAAGAAGAAGCAGACAGAGGAGUACAGAGAAGAAGACAUAAGGACAUUGAGUUUUUUAUCGUCCGUUUAAUCAGCUUAUCAAGAAUCAACCUGAAGACAAAGACACAACUAACAGGCCGAGGGGGGGGUGGGCGGAGCCUCUUCAGGACUCAGGUGUAAACCUUCACCCGGUUACCAUGGCCACCACAAGAUGACCAGCUGUAACUAUGACAACGGCCCGUUUGAAGAAGAGCGAGCAGAACUCAACCUGUGGAUUAAAACUGUGAUGUGACCUCCCGAGGAACUUCCUAUCUGACUGUCAGUCCGCCAUGCCCGUCCCCCUCCCUCACCUCACCACCCUCCUCCCCCUCCUCCCCCUCUUCCUGCUGCCGGCGGUGGCCUGGUGUCAGGCUGGCGGUCAGUUUGACUUGUGUCGGUCUCUGCGGGGCUCGGAGGCGGGGCCGGGCUGGGAGCUGUACCCCUGUCAGCCUCCACCUGCCAACAUGAAGGAGGUGAUGCAGAUCAGAGUCGACCCCCCCGGCAUCACCUGUGGAAACCCUCCGGAGAGAUUCUGCACACUGGAGAACCCGUACCUGUGCAGCGAUGAGUGCGACGCCUCCAGCCCCGACCUGUCUCACCCCCCUCAGUUGAUGGGCGACAGGGAGCGGGGGGGGCUCAUCACCUACUGGCAGACAGUCACAUGGUCUAGGUUUCCUGAGCCCCUAUUGGCCAACAUCACUCUGUCGUGGAACAAGAGUCUGGAGGUGGUGGAUGACAUCGUGGUCACCUUCGAGUACGGUCGACCAACCAGCAUGGUGCUGGAGAAAUCUAUGGACAAAGGUGUGACGUGGCAGCCGUAUCAGUACUACGCUGACGACUGUCUGGAGGCAUUCGGGAUGUCUCCUAAACGGGUCUCUGAUUUAGCGCCGAGUAAUUUAACCCGGGUCAUCUGUACCGAGCAGUACUCGCGCUGGGUCGGAGCAAAGGAGGAGAGGGUUGUGGUGUUUGAGGUGCGCGCUCGGUUCGGGGUGUUUGCAGGUCCAAAGUUGAUCAACAUGGACGCCCUGUACACCCGGAUGGAGACCAUGAAGGGUCUGAGAGACUUCUUCACCUUCACCAACCUCCGCCUGCGACUCCUCCGACCGGCGCUGGGAGGAACCUACGUCCAGAGAGACAACCUGCUCAAAUACUUCUACGCUAUUUCUAACAUUGAUGUACCUGCCAGGUGUAAGUGUAAUCUGCAUGCGUCUCAGUGUGUGUUACGUGAUGCAACGCUGCAGUGUGAAUGCGACCACAACACAAGUGGACAGGACUGUCAGCGCUGCAGCCGAGGGUUCGAAUCCCGCAGCUGGAGACCGGGAUCAUACCUGCCGUUGCCGAAAGGCACUGCCAACACCUGUACGUACCUGAACACACACCGCCAACACCCGUACGUACCUGAACACACCGCCAACACCUGUGAAGCAGCAGAAACGGCAGCCACGGCUGGUGACUCUAACUCAGCAGCAACUGAUAGACCGUCUGAUGGAGUGACUGACACGACUACUAGUCCCACCCCUACUGAUAGUACUACCACUGACAGUAUUAUAACUACUGACACUACUACGACUGGCGCUACUGUACCUGAUGCUACUACCCCUCCUGAGAGUUUUACCACUACUGACCUUACUACAACUACAGACAGUUUUACAACUAUAUUUAUGUAUACAUUUACUUCUGAUGCAGCUUCUACAAGCAUAGUGAGUCCAACUGUCACAAUUACAGCCAGUACUUCUACUUCCACUGACACAUGGAGUACUGCAGAAACAAGUACUAGCAGUUAUACUAUCACUGACACAUGGAGUAUUGCAGAAACAAGUACGAGCGGUGAUACUACCACUGAAACAUGGAGUACUGCAGAAACAGGUACUAGUAGUGAUACUACCACUGACACAUGGAGUACUGCAGAAACAAGUACUAGCAGUUAUACUAUUACUGGCACGUGGAGUACUGCAGAAACAAGUACUAAUAGGGACACUACUACUGAUACAUUGAGUGCUGCAGAAACAAGUACUAGCGGUGAUACUACCACUGACACAUGGAGUACUGCAGAAACAAGUACUAGUAGUGAUACUACCACUGACACAUGGAGUAUUGCAGAAACAGGUACUAGUAGUGAUACUACUACUGACACAUGGAGUACUGCCGAAACAAGUACUAGCAGUUAUACUAUUACUGACACAUGGAGUACUGCAGAAACAAGUACUAGUUGUGAUACUACCACUGUGUUUGACACGGACAGUGUUCUUACUAUCACGACUGAUACGAUUCCCACAACUUACUUCAUUAGUAGAAGUGAUACUGGGGACUUUCCUGAAGUUGGUGUAGCUUCUACUACUGCACCAGUUGACACUGGUACUACAGUUUUUACUACUGUUAGUACUACCGACUCUGAUGCGUUUCCAGACUUUAGCAGUACAGCAGGGCCUUCAGCGGACAAAGCUCUGGAGACAGGAGACGCUCUGUACAAAGAUCCCACAACUCCCAGUAACAGUAUUAGCCCCUCCAGUCCCACCAGUUACACCAGUACCAACAGCCCCACUAUCCCAGGCCGCAGUACUGACUCUGAGGUGUCUAUUUCUGACCCAGUGACUCCGCCCUCUGACUCCACUUCCUCACCAGACAACACAGACUUCACCCUCUCUGGGAUUAGUACUACGUUACCUGGUGAUGGGACAACAACAUCAACCGGAGCACCAUCAACCACAACAACGAUAAUCCCAGAAAUAACCACAGCCAGUGACAAGGCUUCAUCUGGAGGUACUGCAUCCACUGGGGUGGCUGGAGAUGCUCCACCUACUGCACGAGCAGGAGCUGACAAGACUUCUCCUGAUGUACCUCCUCCUGAUGUUCCUCUUGAUGUACCUCCUGAUGUACCUCCUCCUGAUGUAUCAUCGUUUGAUGUACCUCCUGAUGUAUCAUCGUUUGAUGUACCUCCUGAUGUACCACCUCCUGAUGUACCUCUUGAUGUACCUCCUGAUGUACCGCCUUCUGAUGUACUACUUCCUGAUGAACCACCGUCUGAUGUACCUCCUGAUGUACCAUCUCUUGAUGUACCUCCUGAUGUAUCUCCUGAUGUACCGCCUUUUGAUGUAUCUCUUCCGGAUGAACGACCGUCUGAUGUAUCUCCUGAUGUACCACCUCCAAAAGUAACAUCUGUUGAUGUAGCUCCUGAUUUACCUCCUGAUUUGGCAUCUCUUGAUGUACCUCCUCUAGAUACUCUUUCUCCAAAUGUUUCUCCAGAAGCUCCCUCCUCUGGGACUCCAGAUAUUCCGAUAGAUGCACCUCCUCCUGAUGUACGUCCUGAUGUACCAUCUCUUGAUGUACCUCCUCCGGAUGUUCCUUCUCCGAAUGUUCCUCCAGAUGAGCCCCCCUCUAGGACUCCAGAUAUUCUGAUAGAUGCAGCUCCUCCUGAUCUACCACCUCCUGAUCUACCUUCUCCUGAUCUACCUCCUACAGAUGUACCUAUUCCUGAUAUACUUCUUCCGGAUAUUCCUUCAGAAGCGCCCUCCUCUAGGACUCCAGAUAUUCUGAUAGAUGUACCUUUUCCGGAUGUUCCUUCUGAAGAUGUACCUCCUGCAGAUGUACCUCCUUCAGAUGUACCUCCUGCGGAUGUACCUUCAGGUGAUGUACCUUCUCCAGACUUACCAACUCCGGAUUUACCCCCUCCCGACGCUCCUGUAGAUUCCUUGUUGCCUCCCUCUGUAGGAGGAGGGGAUGCUGCACUCGAAACAAGCUCCACCACCAUAGAACCGUCUGGCCCAGCUGGUGACUUGGCCCGUGUGGACUUCAGCUUCCCUAUCCCUGGACCAGAUUCUGGACCGUUGCCUGCCGGUGAUCCUGGGAACAUUACAGAUGACUUCCGUGGAUCGUUUGAUGUACCUGGAUCAAAUUCAGUCGAAUCUGGACUUGAUUCUGUCUCAGCAGAACUAGAUGCAGAGGAGGUUGGAAAAGGUGGAAUGGAAUCACCUUCACCUGAAACCCCUCCACCAGAUAGUACAAGGCCUGGUCCAGAUUAUAGACCGGGUUUUCCUCAAGCAGUAGAUCUUUCCACAGCUCGGAGGGAAGGAAAGUCUUCUGGAGAGGAUUCAGCUGCCGGUGAACCAGUAGGAUAUUCCGAGUCAGAUGAAAAGAAAGACUCUAAACAAGAGAAGACAGGAGAGCAAAAAGAGGACAAAGUCACUGAGGCCGAAGAGGAAACAAAAAAGGAAACAAAAUAUGGAAGGGAGAAAGAUAAAAAAGGCAACGAAAAAAAAGCAACCCAGAAGAUUCUGAUUCCAGGAGGACCAAAGUUCAGUCAGCUGUCCAAAAUCGCCUACGUCACCUUCCAGGACUGCGAGUGUAACGCUCACUCUAACCGCUGCAGCUACAUCGACUUCAUCAACGUGGUCACAUGUGUGAGCUGCAAACACAACACACGAGGACAGAGCUGCCAGUUCUGCAGACUGGGACACUACAGGAACACCUCACUGCAGCUGGACCACCAGGACGUGUGUGUGGAGUGCGGCUGCGACCUGCAGCGCAGCGUGUCUCCUCACUGCUCAGACUCCGGUCUCUGUCAGUGUCGAGCUGGAGCCACAGGGCGGCGCUGUGACGCCUGCCUACCUGGAUACACCUGGAGAGGAGGUGUCUGCACAGUGAACGUGUGUGACGAGGAGCGCUUGAUUUGUCAGAAUGGAGGAACCUGUGUUGACCUGCAGCGCUGCAUCUGUCCAGACAGCUUCACAGGUGUGUUCUGUGAGAAGAGAGUCUGUCUGAAGAAGGGCGGUUGCCAGGACGACUCUGAGGGCUCCUCCUCCUCUCUGACAUCACACCUGUACCUGCUGACCCUUGGCCUGCUCUGCUCCACCCACUGAUGACAUCACAGAGGGCUGAACAUUAAUGAUGUCAUUACACCUGUUAUUUCCUUUAACGUAUGGAUUUAUAUAAACAGAAACUUCAGAUAUUAAUGUUUUUAUUUUUAAUUGCAGUUGUAUUUUUGUUUUUUGCUUCGUAUACCCUCCGUCCCAAAAUGUGCUUUUUAUCGGUCAGAUGAAGACAAACACUUCCUGUCAGGACACGGAUGAAGCUUCUGAUUGGACAAACACUUCGAAUCAUCGGUGUGUCUCCUACUCUCUGAUUGGCUGAACGUCUCCCCUCAGCCCUGCGUUCUGAUUGGUGAAGACUGGUGACAUCAUACAGACAAACGGUUACCAUGGAGUCACACUGAGUUGUUGUGUUUUUUGUACUUUUUUUUUACAGUUUUUUUGUGUGUUUGUUGUGACUGAAAAGGUUAAAACUGUAAUUAAUGGAGAGGAAAUGCAUAUAAAGAUAAAGACGAGGAAACAGCACCACCUGCUGACAAACUGCAGAAUAAACAAUACAAAUGACAUGUUUAUGAUAAUUCAGCUGCAGGAAGUAAAAUUUUAAAUGUUUAAAAUAAAUAUAUAUCUGAUUUAAAGUAAUAAAACUCUUCACCUGUAUUCUCUUGUUGUCUCCACGAAUUAAUAAAGAUUUAAACUAA